AUGUCCUUGCCGCAAAAGAGAGGACCGUGGUCCCAGCAUGAGGACGAGGUCCUCAUGCACCUUGUCCACCAGCAAGGCCCCCUGAACUGGGUCCGAAUCUCACAGCAACUCAACUCGAGAACGCCCAAGCAGUGCCGGGAGCGCUACCACCAGAACCUCAAGCCGUCGUUGAACCACGAGCCCAUCACCCCCGAAGAGGGCCUCCAGAUCGAAUUCUUCGUCCACCAGCUGGGAAAACGCUGGGCCGAGAUCGCCCGGAAACUGAACAACCGGAGCGACAACGCGGUCAAGAACUGGUGGAACGGCAGCAUGAACCGCCGCAAGCGCAUGAUGCACCGGAGGGGCCCCGGAGCCGGAGCCAGAGCCAGCUACGAGGACCCCGAAACGAGUCACCGCUACGCCCGAUCCCCAGCACCGCCACGCCUGGCCACGCUGCCGCCGUAUUCUACCUACCCGUCGUACAGGCAGCCGUCUCCCUCGGCCCCGCGCCUCAACUGGAAUCCCCACUCGGGCCUCCCAUCGCCGUCGAUCACGUCGCCGGGCGCCGACUCGCUCGACGGUGCGCCCUCGUUGUUGUCGGACACGGGCUCGCCGUACAACGCGACGUCACCCACAGCAGGACCGUUCAACGAGGCGCCCAUCGAGCUCCCACCGCUGCGGUGGGGCGACGCCGACUCGCCCAAGAACCUGACGUUCGGCCCCGGUCCCGGUCACGGGCCCAGUCCCACGCUUCCGCCGUUGAGCGCCAGGCACGACCAGUUCCGGCUGCCCCCGAUCCGUGACUGCGUGGACGAGCGCAGCUCACUACCCACGGCACCGAAUUCACCCGUGCAGCCUGCGUCAAGACUACCAUACCCUCACCUGUCCGGGCCCAGUCGCGACGACGAGCGGAGCGAGCAGAUGGAGAGGAUGAGGAUGAGCAACUUUGUGAACCGAGUGGUCGCGUGA